GUUGCCUCAAGGACAAUCACUGUGCCUAACAAGGCAAACUGAGUUUUCCAUGAACGUGUGGAAUCACGCAGUUGCACACUUAUCUGCAAAGUCGGCUCCUUCUGUGGUCAAUGUUGGCUUUACCUUCGUCGCUCAUGAGCUCUCUACUGACAUGUUCUCUUUAUUUUUGACCCAUUCCAAAGCGGACAUUUUGGCUUCUAGUUACCUCAAUUAAAUGUUAUUUGCUGCUCAAGGACUCUAAUGACUCUCCAGUCGAAUACACUACCACUCUCGAUUGGGCUCUAGCUUUCUAACAUUGGAACCUUCUGUUGAUAAUCUUUAAAAAUGUCAACAUCAGUCCGUCGCUCAAGCCGGGCAACAAAGCCGAGCACAAAAUACGCAGUCGAUCCGUUUGAGCAGUAUAAAGACCUUCUCGUGCACUCAUCUGAUGACAGUUGUGCUCCAUCAGAACAGGCAGAGGGUCGGGAUGAACUAUCAUCUGACACUGAGUUCGAUGCAGAACAAGCCGCCAAGGAAGUUCUUGAAGCGGGAAUGGAUAUGGAUGAGGACUCAGACGAACAGGAUGACAAUUUCGAGAUGAAUCAGGGCUCUGAGGAUGAUGACGAUGAAGUUGAAGUUUUAGAAUCAGCAAGAACAAUGUCACAUCGUAGGUCCAACGGGCGCGAGACAUCAAAAUUUCAAUCUUCCGCCUUGCCCAAAGGCAGAUCAGCUUCAAUGAAGAAAAGUACGUCAAAGCGAAAAGCUGAAGGAGGCACUUCUGAUGUUCUACCGAUCUUUGAUCCCAUGGGAAAUACAGGAGCAAAGGGCCGGAACGUUCACUACACACGUGGUAUACCGGAAGCAUUACAUUCGCAAGGUAGAGAGAGCCGUUUGCUCUAUGCAAUCGGACCAGGGACUGAAGAUUUGGUGGCGCAUAUUCAAGUCAGGGAACGAUGGUUAAAUGAUGAAACUGUCCCAUACCGUCAGGAGCGCAAAGGGAGGAGUGGUGGAGGCUUGGGCUACAGUCCCUGGUAUCCAGAGGAAAAAAGAAACAAGGAAGCAGAAGUGGAAUUGCGUUGGUAUUACGAUGAAGGCGGGAAGGAAAUCUUUGAGCGAAUGCAAGAGACUCGGAAGGUGGAUAUGAGUUACGCGCCGAACAACUAUGCCCCUUCUGACGACAUUAUCGCGGGUCCAAUCAACCAGCAAGAACUAUACCCAGGACCCAAACUAUUUGAGCAAUGGAAUUUAGGAGAGGCAUACAGAGAUAUUUCUAGCGCUGGUGAACACCAAUCCUGGAUAAUUAACGCAGGAGCGCGUAUUCAAAGCUUGGAGUGGUGUCCUAACAAAGCCGGGACGUCACAGUAUCUCGCUGUUAGCACGUCUCAAUCACCACAAGAUGUACAGAUCCCUGAAGGAGUUUCUGCACCAGCGUACACACCACAGGCUGGACGGCAGCAAUGUCUUCAAAUAUGGGAGAUUUUUGCUGAGGGGGACAAGGACAGUGCUGCAAAUAAGAUCGACUAUUCGAGGAAGCCUGUGCUUCGACAGAUCAUUUCGACAGAUUGGGGGGUCUUGAAGAAGAUGCGGUGGUGCCCGACGCCUGACCGAACAAAUAUGCAGGAGAAACGGCUUGGUCUGCUGGGUUGCAUUUUCACGGAUGGGAGGAUACGCGUCAUCGAUCUCACUAAUCCGCGAAGAGAAGACGGCGAGGUGGAAUACGUUCACAUCAUCACCGCAGCCUUUGAAUCAAAGCCACCUGAGACGAUUUGCACCUGUCUCACCUGGCUUUCGAGCAGAAACAUUGCAGCCGGUACGGCCGAUGGCUGCGUAGCAAUAUGGACAUUACCUGACGUCUUACGACGUACUUCGUCGAUGAAGUCACGUGAGUCACGUCCUUGGUUCUACCAGCGACUACACCAGUCGUACAUCCACUCCCUCACCAGUGGCUAUCCCUCACGGCCCCACCUACUUAUAACAUACUCUUUCGAUGGUCUUGUCCGUGCUACGGAUAUUCGCUCACCGACCUACGACACUGUGGUAUCGCAGCGCUCUAGAAUAGCGCAAGGCCCCGUUAUAUGGCACGAUUUGACGCAGUCGGCGCUGAACAUCGAUGACAAUUUCACUCUGAAAAGUUACGGACACAGACUCUUUCACAAGGCAGUUAGCAUCGCCCGACUUACAGCAUUUGGAGCCGAUGUGAGCACGAGCUGUUUACAUGCGAGUGUGCUGGUUGGAUGCGUGGAUGGUACUGUUUGGGUCACAAAUCCAAUACGAAGGCUUCGGGAUCACAAGCACAAACCCCUGGUUCAAUGCGUUUUAAAGCACGAAUGGCGCCGUGCUUUGACUAGGCAUAACUCUGCAAGCGGAGGCAGUCAUGAUCUGAAUACAUUAAAAUCAAAUCAAAACAAUGCGGAAGACACAGAGCAUCCUGAGUCAGUACUCACCCGGCCGCUCAUCAGAAUUUUAACAGGUUUUAAAAUAACUCAAACAGACAUGGGGCAAGAGAGCAGGAUGAAUGCCACGAAGGAUUAUGUGAGUUUUGCCACCGUGUAUGAGGAACGAACGGCAGUUACGCAGGUGUCCUGGAACCCAAACCUAAGGGCUGGAACAUGGGCGUCUGUGGGCACAGGAAGUGGGCUUGUGAUCGUGAGAGAUUUGGCAGCAGAUUGAUAACUAGCCUUGCAGAUGAUUGACGUUGUGAGGAAAUUCUACACAACGUUUCUUGUCGCAUGGGCCGAAAGCGCUAGCCUUUCGCAAUUACGCUUCGGUGAAUUGCGUGAGCAUUUAUGCUUAUCAGCAGCACGGGUUCCCCCUCCUCAAACCAAAAAAAGACUCAAGAAAAUUUUCGAUGCCCACUGGCAACUGGCCAAAAGCAAAUGGUAAGCAUACAUUGCUGCAUGUCAAUUUGAUGAACAUCAAGUGCUCCAAGUGAUGGCGAGCAUAUACGGGCUUGGCUCGUUAAUAUUGUAACUCAACGCAGCGAGAACACGACCAUUUCGAGAUCAGCUGGAUAUGUUUCUCAUCGCGCCGCCGCCGCGCUUGACACUCUACCUACACUAGGCCAUAUUCGCCCGUGACAGUUGCAGUUACGGAUAAACCAGUCUGCCUUUGUAACCAGGAUCUUUGUCCCACUCCGGCCUCAUACCGUAUUUCUUUAUAUCGACGGAGUCCUUCGGGAUCCCUUUUCUCUGCUGCUUUUUGGAAUUUUUGCAGUUCUUCAGAUGGACCGAUCGUGGAGCAUAGUGUUUAGAACCAGACAGGUAACGCAUCUUGCAACGAAAGCAAAAUACGCUCUUGCAAGCUUUGAGGCCGUUAGUCAUAGUCGAGGAGCAAGGGAUGAAAAAUAAGAUAACGACGCACAUGGGCACUCAAAAUCUUCACAUGCCCCAUCAUGCUCCAAGAUCUCGCCGCAACCAGCUGCUGGGCAACGUUUCGACAGACCAGUACCUCGUUGCAGGUCCUCGUUGCGACGAUGUUGGAGCUCCUUGUCAACCAACGCCUUGAUCGGAUUGCAUGUAAAGUUGUUCUUUGGAUGAACGCCCUUACACAAGUCGCAGUUCAUUCUUGCGCAGUCAGGACAGUUCCAUAUUGGCGCUCUAUUCUCCCUCGAGCAGGCGCUACGAUGAAGGAAGUGAUGCAUAGACCGUCGGCGGGGUACACCUGCGUAAGUGCAUCGAGAUUCAUUGGCGUUGCCUUUGAAAUAGCAUUGUCUGUAACCAGGAUGUUUACUCAUGGCAUCUUGUGUCGCAUGUUCGUUGUACCUUGAGCGCGUAUUAGUGACAAUGCUCUUAUCAUGG